AUGAAUAUAACAAAUAAUAUAAAUUCUAACGAUCAAUUAUUUAUUGAUACUUUAAAAUUAUUACAAAAACAAUUAACUUAUACUGUAUUAGUAUCACUAUUUAUUAUCGGAAAUAUUGGAUGUAUACUUAAUACAAUGAUUUUUCGUUGUUCAAAUUUAAUCUCAUCAUCAUGUUCACAUUAUUUUCUGGCAUCAUCAUUUGCUAAUGUAUUUCAACUUAAUAUUGGUCUUGCUAGUACAAUACUUGAUUAUGGUUUUAAUAUUCAUCCAUUUCAUACAUCAUCUAUUCUAUGUAAAUUUCGUAAUUAUUCAAUUAAUAUUGGUGGUUUUCUAUCUCAAACAUAUAUACUUUUAGCUUGUAUUGAUCGUUAUUUAGUAAGUGUCAAUAAAACUCGUUAUCGACAAAUAUUAACAAUAGCAAUGGCACAUAAAAUUAUUUAUUUUAUUGUUUGUUUUUGGAGUAUUAGUCUUUCUCAUAUGAUUAUUUAUAGUAAUAUUAGUUUACAAAAUCAAUUUUGUUAUUAUUCAAAUUCAAUUUAUGUUAUAUUUAUUUCUUUACAUAAUUUAAUUCUUUCAGGAUUUAUUUUACCUAUUCUAAUGGUUAUUUUUGGUUUAUUAACAUUAAGAAAUAUAAGAAUUAUUCGACAACGAGCACAUGCUCGUCGUGAUCAUAAACGACGAAAUCAUUAUUUAAGUCUAAUGCUUAUUAGUAAUGUAUUUGUUAGUGUUAUAUUUACAUUACUUUAUACAAGUGGUCUUAUAUAUAUAUCAUAUUUUAUACCAUCAAAAGAAAGUUCAUAUAGACAAAAAAUGCAAAUUCGAUUUAUAUCAUUUAUUGCAAUUAUUUUUUAUUAUACACAAUAUUCAGUAUCAUUCUAUGUUAAUAUUUUGACAUCUCAACGUUUUCGUUGUGAAUUAAAAAAGUUUUUACAUUCAAAAAGAAAACAAUUGACAACGAUACUUCGAUAUUAA